UCCGACAGACCUGACAGAAAGCUGUCGGAUGUGAGCUUUUGAUGUUAUGGGCACAGCGCUGGCAUUUAAAUUAUUCGGAUAACCUAGAGGCAUAUGCACAAAGCCAAACGUUUAACUGUUAUUUUAUUUAUACAAUAAUCGCCUUUCUGCGUUGUCACUAUGCCGAGUAAUAAGCUUGAAAAACCUUACAAGCAGGAGGUAAAUGAUAACGUUAAGGUGGUGGUGAGAUGUCGGCCUCUGAAUCAGAAAGAGAAGAUGAUGGGCCACAAACAGGCCGUGAGUGUGGACGAGAUCCGCGGGACCAUUACAGUGAACAAGCUGGAGACCCCACAGGAGCCCCCUAAGACCUUCACAUUUGACACCGUGUUUGGACCAGACAGCAAACAGCUGGAUGUCUACAAUCUCACAGCCCGCCCCAUCAUUAACUCAGUUUUAGAAGGAUACAAUGGAACCAUUUUUGCAUAUGGACAAACUGGCACAGGAAAAACCUUCACCAUGGAGGGUAUGAGGGCAGUGCCCGAACUCAGAGGAAUAAUCCCAAACUCAUUUGCUCAUAUUUUUGGUCACAUUGCCAAGGCAGAGGGUGACACAAGGUUUUUGGUUCGUGUUUCAUACCUGGAAAUUUACAAUGAGGAAGUGCGGGACCUGUUGGGAAAGGACCAACUGCAGCGUCUGGAGGUGAAAGAAAGGCCAGAUGUUGGAGUUUAUAUCAAAGACCUCUCUGGUUACGUAGUGAACAAUGCUGACGACAUGGACAGGAUUAUGACACUGGGGCACAAGAAUCGGUCUGUUGGUGCCACAAACAUGAAUGAACACAGCUCCCGUUCUCAUGCUAUCUUCACCAUCACAAUCGAGUGCAGUGAGAAGGGUGUGGAUGGAAACCAGCAUGUGCGAAUGGGAAAACUUCAUCUGGUUGAUCUUGCAGGCUCAGAGAGACAGGGCAAGACUGGAGCCACAGGUCAACGUUUAAAGGAGGCAACAAAGAUCAAUCUCUCUCUCUCCACACUGGGUAACGUCAUUUCUGCCCUGGUGGAUGGCAAGAGCACUCAUGUGCCCUACAGGAAUUCUAAAUUGACCCGUCUGCUGCAAGAUUCCCUUGGAGGAAACUCCAAGACCAUGAUGUGUGCAAAUAUAGGCCCUGCAGACUACAACUAUGACGAGACCAUCAGCACCCUGCGCUACGCGAAUAGGGCCAAAAACAUUAAGAACAAAGCCAGGAUCAAUGAGGAUCCUAAGGAUGCUUUAUUGCGCCAGUUUCAGAAGGAGAUCGAGGAGCUUAAGAAGAAACUGGUGGAAGGUGAAGAGAUCUCUGGCUCAGAGGGCAGCGGAUCAGAUGAGAUGGAUGAAGGUGCAGAUGAAGGAGGGGAGGCAGGAGAAGGUCGUAGAAGAAGAAGAGGAAGGAAGAAGGUUUCUCCUGACAAGAUGGUGGAAAUGCAGGCAAAGAUUGAAGAGGAAAGAAAGGCUUUGGAAGCCAAGUUGGACAUGGAGGAGGAGGAGAGGAACAAGGCAAGAGCAGAGCUGGAAAAGAGAGAGAAGGACCUUCUGAAAGCCCAGCAGGAACAUCACCUUCUGCUGGAGAAAUUGUCUGCCUUGGAGAAAAAGGUGAUCGUGGGGGGUGUGGACCUCUUGGCCAAGGCAGAGGAGCAGGAGAAGCUUUUGCAAGAGUCCAACAAUGAACUGGAAGAACGUCGCAGGAGGGCCGAGCAGCUGCGGAGGGAGCUAGAGGAGAAAGAGCAAGAACGUCUAGACAUAGAAGAGAAGUACACUAGCCUUCAGGAGGAGGCUCAAGGAAAGACUAAGAAACUGAAGAAAGUCUGGACGAUGCUGAUGGCUGCCAAAUCAGAAAUGGCAGAUCUGCAGCAAGAGCAUCACAGAGAGAUCGAGGGCCUCCUGGAGAACAUCCGCCAGCUGAGUCGUGAGCUGCGGCUCCAGAUGCUCAUCAUAGACAAUUUUAUUCCCCAGGAAUACCAGGAGAUGAUCGAGAAUUAUGUGCACUGGAAUGAAGACAUUGGAGAAUGGCAGCUGAAAUGUGUGGCGUACACUGGCAACAACAUGAGAAAGCAGACCCCAGCUCCUGAUAAAAAAGAAAAAGAUCCAUUUGAAGUGGACCUGUCUCAUGUGUAUCUGGCCUACACAGAGGAGAGCAUGCGUCAGUCUUUGAUGAAACUAGAGCGACCCAGAACCUCUAAAAGUGGAAAGAGUGGAAGACCCAAGACCGGGCGCAGGAAAAGGUCUGCAAAGCCUGAAGCUGUGAUCGAAUCCCUUCUGCAAUGAAGAAAGCAAAGACGAGAGCUUGGUUUCUCUGCAUAUUUCAUGUUACUUUAGCAAAACCAGUCGUUAGUCGAGUCUUGAGAAUGAAAUGUUCAACAUAAUUUAAAAGAUUAUACACUGUAUAUCCACUAUGGUUUUAAAUGUGAAUCAGCUGCACCCAUGAUAGGACUAAGAACUCUUGGCCAAGACGACCUGUUAUUUGUAUUAUAAUCUAAGAUUUCUUUAAGGAUGUCCAACGUUUCUACGUUUCUUUGGCACAGUCAGGUGGUAAAAGCCUUUGUUUAGAUGAAACUCUUUUACCUGAGCACCUUUAGCACUAAGGAGGAAACACCAUAGUUUUAAAAUAUGACCAACAUGAAACAGAAUGAAAAAGACAUGAACUGAAUUCAUAUCUGUUGCAAGUAUAUUUAACACGCCAGGGUUCAACCUGGAGGAUGUUUCCAUGGAAUACAAAAACUCCUUAAUGCUGAGGGAAACAGAAACACUCAUGUUUUCACACAAGAAUGACAGGCUGUAUUACGUAUCAAUAAUGUAGUAAAAAUGUGACUUAUUAUUAUUCCCUUAUGCUUCUAAGUCAAAGGCAUAGGGGCGUGCAUGCUUACCCAGCUCUACCAGUGCCAUUUGCUAUAAUCAAAGAAAGUCUUUGAAUUUCUUCUCACUGUAGAACACUUUUUGUUCCAUUGAAAUACACUCUACAUACUGUAUGCCUCAGUAUAAUGCACUAGUAGGAGGUCUCUGUGGUGAACAUUUUCUUUAAUGCUGUUCUGUAGUGGAACUGACUUUGAUUUUGUAACAUAUGUUAAAUGUUUACAUUCAGCGAACCCCUGGAUAUUUUAUUUAUUAAAUUAUUUUUUACGUUUGAUCCGA